GAAUCUUGAUCAGAAAGUGGUUCCGUUGUUCCAGGAGCAGGAUAGCCAGCAGAGGGCGCUCAUAGGCCUGAUGGUGGACAAGCUGAGAGAGCACCUCAACAGACACCUGCCUCGUCUGGGGAAGAAGAAGAUCGACGUGCUGGUGGUGAACUACGUGGCCAAGCUGCUGGAGCUGAUCAGACGCAUGCUGCAGUCUGUGUGGCUGAAGUACAAACUGGGCCCUCUGGUGCUGUGCUUAAAGCAGCAGGGGAGUUCAGCGGAGUGGGCAGUGUUUCACGUGAUGUGUCGGAUACUGGAGGCUACAAACACUCUGUGUCUCCCCCUCCCUCCUGGGUAUCACACUCUCCUGUCCGUGUUGGGGGUUCGCUGUCUCCCCAGACACACCUUCCUGCAGUAUGUUGACCAUGGUGUGCUGCAGCUCACUGAGACCUUCGUCUCACGACUCAUGACAGAUCUAGACAACAGUGAUGCCAACGAGGAGCUGAAGUUCAGCAUUCUGAAGAGACUACCGGAGCCCAUGGAGCAGAGGAUCUGUCACCUGUGGGAUCACCCCAUCAGUUCAGCCUGUAUCUCCAGAGACUAUGUCAGAGGCCUGCUGGAGAAACACGCCAAAACCAAAGGUUCUAUGUUCAUGGAGAGAGACGAGCGUGGCUUCAGGCCUGAGUUCCUGCCUCUCACCUUCCUGACCAAAAUUCUGUUGGAUGUGGAAGAUCGAGCUCUGAACCCUUUUGAGGAGCAGGAGAAUGUGGAUGCCAGGUUUGUGGAGGAGACAGCUCUGAAACAGACUCUGAUCCUGCUGGGCUUCCAGGACAAGUGAGGGAGGGAAAGACCGAGAGGUGAAGGGAGGUGAAGAAAGAGGGGGAGCAGGUCAAGGCUCCAAGUUAUCACUCAACACUCCAUAUUCCACUAGUACUCAGAGAGCGGGGACUGUGUCAGAGAGCGGGGACUGUGUCAGAGAGCGGGGACUGUGUCAGAGAGCGGGGACUGUGUCAGAGAGCGGGGACUGUGUCAGAGAGCGGGGACUGUGUCAGAGAGCGGGGACUGUGUGAAAUUACACUUUAAAUGUUGAUUACUCAACAUUCCAAUACAUGAGAAUCUAUGAAAAGACAUUCGAUUCUGAUGAACAAUGGGUCUGGUGACAAUAGUCACCGGUUAAGCAUUCAUUUGACAGAUUUAUAUUUCUGCACUCUCUGCCUGUUGCUCAACUCUCCCACACAAGCCAGAUGGAUGAGGCUCUUACAGUAAGAAGGAAAGUUCUCUGGAAGGUGUAUGAAUUACCACAACAUGUGUCCUGUAUGAUGUCUGUACAUUUCCAUUUCAGAGGAACUGAUGCAUGGUUAGAUUUCAGGAAUAACAGUGAUUUGGAGUGAAAUCCAGGAAAUGCGUUGGAUCAGGUACAAUAAUAAACUGGAAAAGGGAUUUUUUUGUAAUGUUUACACGUGUAAAGCCAUAUUGUAUCAAUUAAACAUUUGUUGCGUGUUUCUAA